AAAGCUCCUCAGAUCGUCGAACAGUAAAGCUGCUUUUUCAUUUGUGUCCGUCCCGACUUUGUGUACGGCUGGAGUUUGAAAAUAAAUAAAAAAUCCUUAAAUAAAAUUCAACAUAAAUCAGUGUGCUUUAAGUAAAUCUUGAAUUAAAUUCAAUUUGUUUGUUAAUUUAGAUUUAGUAGAAAUUAAAGUGUGAAAAACUAACAAAUAAUUUUAUUAAAAUUUAGUUGAAAAAAGAAAAACAAACGCUUAAGUAGUAUUUAUCAUAACCCAAAGUAGUGAGUCUCUUAAGUAAAAGCAAAAAGAAAAGUAACAAAAAAAGCUCAUUGAUUGUAAAAUAUAUUGUUUAACUAAAUCACCUUAAGGCAUUUUUAAAUUCGUUCAUAAAUUUUACUUUAAUUACUUGUAAUUCUAACCCAAAAUUCAACUCAUAUUAAUUUUCCUCUGAACACGCUAAAUUUAUAAAUCAGUCAAAGUGAUUUUCCUAAGGCAAUACAUCGAAGAUCUCCGCAAGAUCAUUGAGGAGAAAAUGUCGCUCAAUCCAAACGGGUAUAAACUUUCCGAAAAAACGGGAAAAUUAACAGCGUAUGACCUUUUGCCUACCACAACUACGGCUGUUCCCGAGACACGAGAAUUCUUGUUAAAAGUCAUUGAUGUUUUGUUGGACUUUGUUAAAGCCACAAAUGAUCGCAAUGAAAAGGUUUUGGAAUUUCAUCAUCCCGAAGAUAUGAAACGUCUUUUGGACUUGGAUGUACCCGAGCGGGCUGUGAAUCUGCAGCAGUUGAUUGAAGACUGUGCCACCACUUUGAAAUAUCAAGUUAAGACGGGUCAUCCCCAUUUCUUUAAUCAAUUAUCAUGUGGUUUGGACAUUAUCUCCAUGGCGGGUGAAUGGUUAACUGCCACUGCCAAUACCAACAUGUUCACCUAUGAAAUUGCACCAGUUUUCAUUUUAAUGGAAAAUGUUGUUUUAUCGAAAAUGCGUGAAAUUAUUGGCUGGCAUGGCGGUGAUUCCAUAUUGGCUCCCGGCGGUUCUAUAUCCAAUCUAUACGCUUUCUUAGCUGCUCGCCACAAAAUGUUCCCCAAUUAUAAGGAACAUGGUGCUGCCGGUUUACCCGGCCAAUUGGUCAUGUUUACUUCAGAUCAAUGUCAUUAUUCGAUUAAAUCGUGUGCUGCUGUUUGUGGUUUGGGCACAGAUAAUUGUGUGUCAGUGCCUUCAGAUGAACAUGGUCGUAUGAUUACAUCCGAAUUGGAACGUCUUAUAAUGCAACGAAAAUCAAAGGGUCAUGUGCCAUUCUUCGUGAAUGCCACUGCUGGUACUACAGUAUUGGGAGCUUUUGAUAAUUUAAAUGAAAUUGCUGAUAUUUGCCAGAAAUACAAUUGUUGGAUGCAUGUUGAUGCUGCUUGGGGCGGCGGUUUAUUAUUAUCACGAAAAUAUCGUCAUCCUAGAUUUACUGGAGUUGAGCGAGCUGAUUCGGUUACCUGGAAUCCACACAAAUUGAUGGGAGCUUUAUUGCAAUGUUCAACUAUACAUUUCAAAGAGGAUGGUCUUUUAAUCAGCUGUAAUCAAAUGUCUGCUGAAUAUCUCUUUAUGACUGAUAAACAAUACGAUAUUAGCUACGAUACUGGCGACAAAGUCAUACAGUGUGGACGACACAAUGAUAUUUUCAAAUUGUGGUUACAGUGGCGUUCAAAGGGUACCGAAGGUUUUGAACGACAACAAGAUCGUUUAAUGGAAUUGACCGAAUAUCAAGUGAAACGUAUACGAGCACAAUCAGAUCGUUUCCAUUUAAUACUUGAACCUGAGUGUGUAAAUGUUUCAUUUUGGUAUGUGCCCAAGAGAUUGCGUGGUGUGCCACAUGAUGCCAAAAAAGAACAGGAAUUGGGCAAGAUUUGUCCCAUUAUCAAGGGACGCAUGAUGCAAAAGGGCAGCCUUAUGGUAGGCUAUCAACCCGACGAUCGACGACCCAAUUUCUUCCGUUCAAUUAUUUCUUCAGCUGCUGUAACAGAAGCUGAUGUUGAUUUUAUGUUAGAUGAAAUACAUCGAUUGGGUGAUGAUUUGUAAAUUGUCAACAGCAACAACUUAAAUCAUGGUAAUUAAUAUAUUUAAUUGAAUUGAAAAUGUAACAAUUAUUAGAAUUCAUUAAGUGCAGAUGAUAAUAAAUAUUUUAAUUUUAAGCCGAAAAAAUAAGUUUCAAUCAAAACCAAAGAAAAAAAUAUAAAAAACCCAAUUAAAAAAAUGUUAAGUUGAAUAAUAAAACAUUACAAAUUUAGAAAUUACUAUACUACAACAACAAAACAACCAAGAUAUAUCUUUAAGGUAAAAGCAUAUCACUUCAUAAUCAUGCAAAACACACAACAAAAUUGCUAGUCAAUGUUUAUAUAAGUAUAAUUCCUAUAAAAAUGUUAUUAAUGUUUAAAGUUUAUUUAAGAAAACUUCUUGUUAAUUGUUUAUUUAAGACUAAUUUUAAAGUUUCAUGUUAGGUUUUUACUUAUGUAUUUUGUUAAGUUUUAUUUUGGAGAAAUUCGACUAGAGGGUCAAUUACUUUUUGUGAGGAAAUUGUAGAUCAUACAACUAUUAUUAAACAAACCAACAUUAUUAUAUACAUAUAUACAAAACAUAUCUUGUUGUUUACAACUGUAAUGAAAUAAUUAAAGAAAAAUUUUGUUAAAUAUUGAAAAAUCCCAUAAGGCUUGCCAGAAAAACACGGUGCUACUGUAGAACACUUGCUAAGUGAUUUGGUAGUUAAUUAAAAUUGAAAGCUACAUUAGUAAGUUUUUAAAUUUUCAUUAUUUCUCUCAAAUUUUAGAAUGUUAAUCCAAAAAUAGUGCAAAUUUCUACAUUCUAGAUCAAAUGAUUCUUUUUUUAUCAAAAAGAAAAGCAAUCAAUUUUACUUAAUCAUUAGGUUCUAAGCUUUUAACUGGUUUUAGUUAUCUUGCUGAGUCAUAACUUAUUUAGUGGCACCGUGUAUUAGUUUAAAGAAGAUUCAACUUGCAAAAAAAUUUAUAACUUUUAUCCUUUUUUUUUCUUUGUCUCUAAAAAUGUUGUAUUAGUUUUAGUUCUAUAAUUUUUAUUUAAAAAAAAGUUCUAAAUUUUGUAAUAUUUGCUAUUCCACUCCCACUAAUUAUAUAUAAUUUCAUUAAUGAACUUGCUAAACCGCCGAUCGUUACUAUAUUUAUAUAAUUUCUAAGUAUUUUUUAUAAAAUCAUAUUUUAUAAAAUAUUUUUAAGUUAUUUGAGUUUGAGUGUAUAUAGAAAUCAUUUAAAGUUCUAUUGCCGAUUUUCAAAACGAUUAUGUACCUUUGCAAAGAGACCUGUGCUUGUUGAUCAGCUAAUAUUCCUAUAAGUUUAAAAUAUUAUUUUUAAAAAAAUUUAUUUAUUUUUGUUGCUUUAAUUUACAAAAGAAAAUAAUCUGCCAAGAUACCCGAUAUCAAGAAAACAGUGACACAAACGAAUUUUUAAGAAAGAAUUUCUAAACUUAGAAAAAGCUAGAAAAACUUUAUAAUUUGAAAACCUUUUUCUUUCAUAAAAAUUCUUUGAACAUAAAAUUUUUCGGCUUCGGGAAAAUGGCAGUAUAAAUAUAUGAAUUAAAAUGUACUCUUUAUACAUUUUCAAAAAUUGCUAUAUAAAAAAGAAGCAAAUGAAUAAACACUUACAAGUGUCAAUUAUCAGAAUAGAAUAACAGAUUAUAAUAACAAAUUAUAAAACUUACUACAUACAUAUAUAAAUUACAUAUAACGCUGCCAAUUAAGAAUUCUCUAUUUCAUUGUUUAAGCUGAAACUAAAAGUGGCAUUAAAAAGCGUUUUAAUUAUGUUGAGUUUAUUUAAAAAAAAGAGAACAAACAAAUAACUAUUGUUGGCUAUAUAAAUUAAGUUCAAAUUUAAAUUUUAAGUGUUAAGCUAUAAAAAAUAUAUUUAAACAAAUAUAAAUAAAUAAAUAAUAAUCAUCGAAUUAUUAAAAUAGACAAAUUAUGCAAGAGAGUAAAGAAAUAAGAAUGUUAAUUAUUUAAACAGUUAAUAUGACUGAUGAUGGCAGUCUAUACCUUAAGAAAUCUCAAUUAAAAUAACAAUAAACAAAGGCAGUAUUAGAAAAACAUAACAAAAAGUUUUGGUUAUUUUUUCAAAAUUUCUUGCAAAUAAAACAUAAUAUUUUAAUUUGAAAUAAUAGUGAAAUUUAUAAAAUAUUUUAUUAUUUUCUUAACAAUUAUUUAUUUUAUGGCUUAUUUUUCUUAAUAAGCUUUUUAAUUCUUUAUUUUCCAUCUACUGCACACAUUAUACAUUAUCAUUAAAAAAAAAACAAAUCAUAUAAUACUAUCGUUAAAUAUAUGUUGUUAUUUGAAAAUUAAAUGAAUUAUUCUUUAUUAAUCUGUAUGUACAAGUGUUUUACUGUAAAAUGAAAAAGACAAAAAAAAAAAAAAAAACAAAACAAAAAAAAAUCGAUUUAUUGCAUUUGAAAAUUCUUAAGUUCUUAAAUUAAAAAAAAAAUACAUAAAAAAAAAAGAAAUUAUAAUUAUAAUCUGUAUGUAUUUAAGCAUAUUAUCUAUAAAAACUGAAAUUGUAAUCUAUAUAUAACAAUAAUAA